AUGUCUUCAUUGCUUGUUAGGCAAACAAUUGAAAGUCUUUUGACAUUUCUAGAACCAUUGUUGGGUUUCGCCAACUGUCAUAUGGUUGAUUUUUAUACACAGAAUUCUUACAGAAAUUUCAUCCCUUUAGAUAUUCAAAAAGAAAUUGAACAAAUAGGUGAGGAAAACACAAUUAUUCGAAUUUUCCAAAACGAGUUUGACUCGACCCCCCAUUUAAAACAGUUUGUCGAAAAUAGCACGAAAUUCACUUUAAAGAAUUGCCAAGUUUGUCUCAAUUUAGACUCUUUCACCGAAAAACUCCAAUCGUGGGGUUGUGAUACUUUAGACAAAUUCAAACUAGAAAUUUUCAUGAAUGCGAAAAAAUCGCACGAGGUUGAAAUACUAAGUGCUGUGGCUGCAGCCCUGUUCAGGGCUUCAGAAGCGUCUCAUGUGGUGGAUCUGGGCGAUGGCAAGGGCUAUUUAAGCUCGAUGUUAGCCCUCCAACACCACAUCCCCGUCGUGGGAAUCGACGCAUCUAACACUAACACUUGUGGGGCUAUCAAACGCGCUACCAAACUUUCUAAAGUAUGGAACGGCAUCCCCAUGGCGCCACAUAAAUCGCUCCCUAAAAAAAGCGAGAAUUUCAGUAGCCCCAAUGUCGAACUUUACAAACAAGUAACACAGUUCGUAGACGAAAAGUUCGACUUGUUGGGGCUAGUGAAGGAUAUUUUUCCCAAUGUGUCUCAUUUGGGGCUUGUGGGGCUCCACACGUGUGGCGACUUGGCAGCCAACUCCUUGAAGAUUUUUAGUAAAAAUGAGGCAAUCAAGUCGGUUUGUAACGUGGGCUGUUGUUACCAUUUAUUGAACGAGGAAUGUGAAGAGUCGGGGUUUCCCCUCAGUCAGUCUUUAAGAGAUAGGAAGUUUGUGCUUGGACGAAGUGCCCGAAUGAUCGCAAAUCAAUCAGUUGAGAGGGUUUUACAAGAGGGGGAGUUGCCAAAUAUUACGAUUUUUUAUCGCGCGAUUUUGCAAGUUAUUCUUGAGACGUUUUGUACAGAGUUGCCCACAAAACACGUUGGGAAAUUUCGGAAAUUACCAGUGCAUUUCAAAGAGUAUGUUCGACUUGCUUUAAAACGAAUUGAGGUCACUAUUAACGUGACUGAUAACGAAAUUGAGUCAAUUUUUUCACAUUAUGAGAGUCGACUCAACGAGUUGAAUAUUUUUUAUUUGUUACGGUGUAAGUUAUCGCCGGUUAUUGAAAGUUUGAUUUUGCUUGAUCGGCUUUUGUUUUUGCAAGAGCAAGGUAUUGAGCAUUGUUUUCUGGUUCAAUUUUUUGAUCCUGUUGUGUCACCUCGAUGUUAUGGCAUUGUUGCAAUUAAAAAUGCAUUGUAAUAAAAGAUUCCAUUAAUAAAACACACUAUUGCUUUCAA